GUUUAUCUUGUCAAUAUCAGUAUACGUCACAAAACAUAUAUAAAUGUUAUAAUCAUAUUUGGAAUAUCCCCUGUAUGACCUUCCUAUGUAACCAUCACGUCGGUAUUUUUUAUGUUUAUGACGUCAUCUUCCCCUUUACCACAUAGCAUCGGUGUUGUGCAGCUACCUUUUCUACAUCACAUGACUUUGAGUGUUCCUGCUACAGAAAUGGGUCGAACGUUGAUUUUAGUUUCUUUUAUUUGUGUGCUCGCUUGUAAUAUAUAUGGCGACAGUACAGAAGCAACACGAAAGCUUUCAUCAAUACAGUACAAUCCAGGCUGUGAGAAUGAUCCCAUUUGUAAAAGAGUUAGUGACAGUGGCAGUGCCCCAAACUUGCUGUAUGCUUAUUCAGUUGGAAAUGACACCUUGCACUAUUUCUUCAGUACAGUUGGUGCACCAACAUUUCUAGUUGCAAAGACUCCUGGUAAAAAACAAGAGUCACUGAAUGUAAGCUGGACUGAUUUCCUGUCGGUUAAUGACACAAACGUGAAGAAUUCAGUAAAGCUUCCAAAUGUCAACUAUGCAUUUGCUGUUGUUUUUACAAAGCUUUAUGAGUAUAAUGAUACAAAUGAUCAUGCAGAUUUUACUUCAAUACCAAAUGAUGAGUGGAACUGGAAUAUACGAGAUUUUGCCAAACAGUUUGUAUGGAAAGGUCUUAACACCACUGAGUUAAACAAUCCUGUGACUGUGAGGACUAACUUAUCAAUGACAAAUAUUGAUGAAUCAUACAUAUCUUUUGAUUGGAAACUUUUUGGCAAUCAUGACAGGAACACAGAGGUACCUCAUCUGGAGCACACCAUCAAUGAUACUCAAUUCAAUUUCUUAAUAAACAACUGGCCAACUUUCUGUGAAAAAUCCCGCUUUGGUUUAGAACUUGUUAUGAUGGGAACAGACGGAGUGAAACAUAUGACAAACAUUGAGGAGUCAAAAUCACUGGAUGAUGAGUACACACCAGGAGUGUUCACAAUGAUUGAUUGGUCCACACAGAGUAAAGUACUAGCCAGUGAUACAGAUGAAUCAAAGCAGCUGGGAGGAUAUCUCCAGUGGAAACCUGUCGUGUAUUUGACUGAAGAACGCAGCAGUCAGAAGCAGACACAAGCCAAGCAUUAUGACACAAUGAAAGCAGAUCAUUCAGUUAUCAAAAGUAUGGUACCCAUGAGGUCUUUGGCCAUGGCCUUCUUUGGGGACCAGCUUAACACAAUGACACUCAAUGCUACAAAUAUAUCUUUUGGCCUUCCAGAAGAUGGGUUCUAUGCAAAAUCAAAUUACACAGUUUGGAGUGGAAGUAUAGGAUACGGCACCCCUCCUCAGGAUGAAAUUUCAAUAUUGGUUAUCAUAGUUAUUGCUGUUGGCUUAGGAAUCCCCGUUGUACUCAUCAUUUUCGGUGGCUUGAUUGUCUGUAUAAAACGUAGAAGAAGCGGAAAGGGUGAAAAUAUUCUAGUUAACGUUGCAGGUACACGUUAUGAUGCUAUAAAUUGAGCCCCUGUGGAGAUCACAAAUUAAUGCAGCUGUGCAAUAUAUUGAUGAAAUCCUUUCAUUUGGUUCUUGACAAAAGCAGAGCUUGCAACUCUUUAAAUUGUGCUCAAAUUUAAUGCAGGCUAAAAAAAAAAAAAAAAAAGAAAGGAAGAAAUUACCACACAAAAAUAAUGAAUCCAAGUUAUGAUAUUCCUACUUGGAAGUGUAUGUCAUGCUGGGAAUAUGAUAUCCUUCUCAUUAACCCUUCAUUUUCAAUGAAUGUGCCAACGAAAAUGUAUUUAGAUACCUUGAUCUGACAUUCCAUAUGAUAUUGUAGCUGAAGCAUGUUAAAGUUUAGAAGAUGAUAUUGUUGUGAAUGUGAAUGUACCAAAGUUAAGGUUCAGUUGUGUAUUGCUGAAAAUAUUUUAUGUGCAUUACAAACUAAAUAUCAAGGACCUGAAUGUCAUUAUUUAAAAUGCUGCAUUUCUAUUUGUUUAGAUGGUGACUGAGAACCACAGAGACUUGUAAGAAGUUUACAUGCUCAUUGUCAAUUAUGAAGAUCCACUUGCAUGAUACUGCAUUCCUCCCCAAAUUCUGUGUAUGUCUAGAUGAUAAUUCCCUAAUUUACAGUCCAUGCUUAAAUUAUUCUAACCCAAUUCAAUUUUUGGGAUGGAAAGCCACAUCAAUCAGUGUGUGCUUGUUGGGUUGUGGAAAUUGAUUAUUAGACCUUCCUGUUAUCAAACCCAGCUUAUUAAAACUGGCAGCUGGUAGGAAUGGUCUUUACUGACACAUCAAGUUAUGUAGUUUGAACCUAUAGAAAGGCCAAAUCAUGAGGGGUGUGUGAAACUAUAUUCUGCAAUUUAUAUAGUAGAAUGUAAAGUCUCCUACCUGCAGAUCCAAUCAGAAAAAAUUGCAUGACUUUUUCUAUAAAGUAUAUCACAUCCUCCAUAAAAAAAUCAUUCACUUUUUCAGAAGUCGUUAUGUCAUAUAUCCCACUUAUUUGUUAUUCAUUUUUAAGUGUUCACUCAACUUACUUCAUCUGCACAAAAAUUGUCACAAUUUUCUCCAGUUUGCAUACACCUCACUUAAUUUUGCCUUGAUUCAGUAUGUAAUUGGCAUGAGCCUCCUUUUGGAAUUGAGAUUUACAGAGAUCAAGUGAGCAUAUUUCUAUAACCAAAUAACUUAUGCUUCAAUUUUAUGGUAUUAUUAUUAUUAUUAUUUAUUUAUUUUUUUUUUUUAUAAAUUUAUGAUUUUGGACAAACAUUUAUGAUGGUUAAAUAAAUUAGUAAUACAA